AUGUCCGGUGGCCUGUACAAGCGCGAUGCGUGCUCGGGCCAGGUCAAAUCCACAGACUACAACUUGGGCCUGCAUGUCGCCGCCCUCUUCAUCAUCCUCGGCGUCUCGGGCGGUGCAUGCGCGCUACCCCUCUUCGUGUCCCGCUUCCCGAUCCGCGGCUUCUUCUUCACUGUUCGGCACUUUGGAACCGGCGUCCUCCUCGCAACCGCCUUCGUCCACCUCCUUCCCACCGCCUUCCUCUCGCUCAGCAACCCAUGCCUCCCCAAGUUUUGGACAGAGGAUUACCCCGCCAUGCCGGGCGCCAUUGCGCUCGCCGGAGUGCUGGUCGUGACGGUGCUUGAGAUGAUUCUCAGCCCGUCACGACACUUCGUCCCGCAACGACGACCAAGGGGACGACUAGCCUCCGUCUCGGAGAACGAAGUGCAGCUCGACGCACUCCGGAGCGACCUCGCCGCGACCGACGUGACGCUCACAACGACCGAAACGGAAGUCAAAGUCGUCCUGACGCCCGAGCAGGAGCGGAAGAAGAGCAUGCUCCAGGUCUUCAUGCUCGAGAUCGGCAUCCUCUUCCACAGCGUCUUUAUCGGCAUGGCCCUGUCCGUCGCGACGGGGGGCGACUUUGUCGUCCUUCUCAUCGCGAUCGCAUUCCAUCCGAUAGACUGGCCGGCCCGCUCGCCCAGGCCAUACCUCAUGGUCCUGGCGUACGGGUGCACGACGCCGAUAGGCCAGGCGAUAGGCAUCGGCACGCACACGCUCUACGAUCCGGACAGCGUCUUUGGUCUCCUGCUUGUCGGGAUCAUGAACGCCAUUUCGUCCGGAUUGCUCAUCUACGCAUCCCUCAUCGAGCUGCUCGCCGAGGACUUUUUGACGGAUCAUUCCUGGGCUGUCCUCCGUGGGCGGAAGAGGGUGGUCGCCGUCGCGCUCGUGUUUGCGGGCGCACUCGCUAUGAGCGUCGUGGGCGCGUGGGCCUAA